AUGGGCUACCCUCUGACCCGGCCCAGACACACGGAUGACUCCCCUCUGACCCAGCCCAGACACACGGAUGACUCCCCUCUGACCCGGCCCAGACACACGGAUGACUCCCCUCCGACCCGGCCCAGACACACGGAUGACUCCCCUCCGACCUGGCCCAGACACACGGAUGACUCCCCUCCGACCUGGCCCAGACACACGGAUGACUCCCCUCUGACCCGGCCCAGACACACGGAUGACUCCCCACUGACCCGGCCCAGACACACGGAUGACUCCCCACUGACCUGGCCCAGACACACGGAUGACUCCCCACUGACCUGGCCCAGACACACGGAUGACUCCCCUCUGACCCGGCCCAGACACACGGAUGACUCCCCUCUGACCCGGCCCAGACACACGGAUGACUCCCCUCUGACCCGGCCCAGACACACGGAUGACUCCCCUCUGACCCGGCCCAGACACACGGAUGACUCCCCUCUGACCCGGCCCAGACACACGGAUGACUCCCCUCUGACCCGGCCCAGACACACGGAUGACUCCCCUCUGACCCGGCCCAGACACACGGAUGACUACCCUCUGACCCGGCCCAGACACACGGAUGACUCCCCUCUGACCCGGCCCAGACACACGGAUGACUCCCCUCCGACCUGGCCCAGACACACGGAUGACUCCCCUCUGACCUGGCCCAGACACACGGAUGACUCCCCUCCGACCUGGCCCAGACACACGGAUGACUCCCCUCCGACCCGGCCCAGACACACGGAUGACUCCCCUCUGACCCGGCCCAGACACACGGAUGACUCCCCUCUGACCCGGCCCAGACACACGGAUGACUCCCCUCUGACCCGGCCCAGACACACGGAUGACUCCCCUCCCUGGGAAUCAGGAAGAGUUUCAUCCACCCAAGAGAGAAAGAUGAUGGGAUGA